AAAAAUUCUGAGCAAAAAUUAUACGCUGAUAGUGUAGUGUGACGUCUAAUAUGUGAAAGAACCGUAAAAAUCCUUUGCAGGAUAUAUUUCGGAUAGUGUUAGAAGAUUUUUUGUGUGCUCUUUGAUAAACAAAAUUUUUAAGACAUAGCUGUAACAUUAGUGUCAACUAGUGCUAGUUAGGAUUUUUAAUUGCAUCCUCCUAUAGAAAGAUAUCCAGUUGCAAAAUAGCCUAAUAUAUGAGUCUAAUAUACUAUUGAAUGGAAAGUUGUUUAGUGCAAAUUAACGAAUGAAUUAGCUUCGACGGAAAUUAAGUAGGUAGUACGGCCUUAUGUGAAUUGUAAAUUAUCCUCCAGAAUAGUGGAGAAGCAAAGAACAUUAAUGAAGCUGCGUAUAUUCCUUUAUACUUCACUUUUGUCGUGAUAUUUGUGUUUAAUAGUGUUUGUCUGAUAACAGCAACUACAGCUCGUUUACUAAAAACCGGAUUUAUAUUUUUUAAACGUGCCCCUUCAAAAUUCGCCACGAAUAAUUUCCUGUUAAAAAAAUCAAAAAAAGGCAUCCUUGAUUUGACUGUGCGUGCUAAUGUUUAAUUGUGCUUGAGUUUGACCUGUAUCCGUGCCAGCCAGUUGUUUCCAGACGUGACUUGAACCACAUUAGGUGAGCCGCAGAACAAAAGCUGACGGGAGCGCGCGAGAGAAAGGAAAGAUAGAGAGCGAGUGAUAGUGUUUUUCCGAGCGGAUACCCUCACCAAGGCGCUGUUGCUGUUGCGAAUUUACGCACGGAAAAUCCUUGCUCCUUCUGCACCACAAAAGUCGGUGAAAGAAUCAGGAUAUCACAUAGAUCAACGAAGUGAACAAAAAUGUCGGCAAACGAUGCAAACUUCAUGUUGUUUUCCAACAUUAGCGAUUGUUCCUACGUGUCGUGCUAUUGUGAGGAAAACGUAUGGAAGCUGUGCGAGCAGGUGAAAAAGACACAUCCGUCGGAGCUGCCGAAAUGCUACGCCGUAUUCGUGUCAAACGAGCGGAGAACGGUACCGCUGUGGCGACAGAAAGCGGGUCGCGGUGAUGAAAAGCUGGUGAUAUGGGAUUACCACGUAUUCUUCAUGCACAACCCGUCGCCCAACCGAUGUUUAGUGUUCGACCUGGACACCACCCUGCCUUUUCCGACCUAUUUCCACAAGUACGUCACGGAAACGUUCCGUUCGGAUUAUGCAGUGACACCCGAGCACCACAGAUUUUUCAGAGUGAUACCUGCCGAGAAGUACCUGGCGGAAUUUUCGUCAGACAGAAGACACAUGCGUAGACCGGACGGUUCCUGGAUUAAACCCCCGCCAUCGUAUCCUCCCAUUCAGACCAACAAUAACACACACAGCCUCGACGAUUUUAUCUGCAUGAAGCCGGGAAAGGGACCUGGCAGCGUGUACGAUUUACUACAUUUUGUGCAACAGUUUUAUAAACCUCCCGACCGGAAUAUUACAAAAACUCAAAACUAAAUUACGCUUAACGAAUUGGACCGUGGACCUGCCGGUGUAUGUUAAAGAGGUGGGAGUUUAAAACAAUAAGCAGAGGUGAUGGCCGCUGUCCUGACCAGAAACAUGCGAAAUGUGUUUUAAUUAUGAACGACGUGAUACUUUCCAUGUUUUGGCGUGUGACAAGCAUAAUUAUUUCCACCAGAUGAAAAGCAAAAAAAAAAGAAAUAGUCGAAGGAGAACGCCGUGGUGCAGGUUGGUGGAACGAACGGUCGUACAUUUUGCUAGUGGAAAAUAGUGUAAAUCAACCAAUUCAUAGUUAAACAGAUUUACGAAAAAAAGAAAAGAAACACAACAAAUCGAUUAAAAAUUGUAUGAAACAAAAUAUAUACUAUUUCAAUGUAAGUGCGUCCAGAAACAAAGCAAAGGAAAUGUGAAACCAGACUUGAACGUAUGUUUUAGUGCUAUGGGUACUUUGUACAGUAGGAAAAGGAAAGUCAUCACAGUCUAUCGGAGAACGUUAAAAGGUUAAAAUUGAUUAUUAAUUAUAUUCGAAACACUCUACAACCGAAGAAGAUCAGCAAAGCAGGUAUUGCAUUUAACAUCCCAGAAAACACAAUCGAAUGGACUAGUUUCUGUUUAUUAUAUUUUUUGUUUCGUUUAAACGACAGAACAAAGAUUCACAUUUCCAAACUUUAAUGCACAAAUCUUAUCCUGUUAAGGUAACAAAAAUAUACCAACUUACACUAGCAAAUCAUUCUUUAUCGAUAUUUAGCUGAACUGUAAAAGACAAGGAUCGUUAUCAGGGCGCUUUCCUUUUAUGCGUAGACUAGUAUUAAAUAAAAG